AUCUAUUGGUCACACGGUCAAGCUCAGAUUUCUCAAAAACUUCCAAGUCAUUCGUCCACAUAAUUUUUUUUUUUUGAGUAACGUGCAAAUAGUGAUAUUAAAUAAUGGAAGAAAUAGGAAUUAUUUUACCCGAUAAGGAAAUCUGUGAGAUUGAUUCGAAGCCAGUUAUUGGACAUUAUGCCGCAGGUGACGAAUUGGAUAUUGAAGAUCUCUAUACCAAGUAUAAGAAACUUCAAAGAAUGUUGGAGUUCCUUGAAGUACAAGAAGAAUAUAUUAAAGAUGAGCAGCGUAACUUGAAAAAGGAAUACCUGCACGCUCAAGAAGAAGUGAAACGUAUACAGAGUGUGCCUUUAGUUAUUGGUCAAUUCCUCGAGGCAGUUGAUCAAAAUACUGGAAUAGUUGGCUCAACAACUGGUUCGAAUUAUUAUGUGCGCAUUUUGUCGACUAUCGACCGUGAACUUUUGAAGCCCUCUGCCAGUGUUGCACUUCACAAGCACAGCAAUGCUUUGGUGGACGUUCUCCCACCUGAAGCAGAUUCCAGUAUCUCAAUGCUCCAAGCUGAUGAGAAGCCAGACAUUGCCUACAGCGACAUUGGAGGAAUGGAUAUGCAGAAGCAAGAAAUUAGGGAGGCUGUGGAAUUGCCACUCACGCAUUUUGAAUUGUACAAGCAGAUCGGUAUCGAUCCGCCCAGAGGUGUUUUGAUGUACGGACCUCCAGGAUGUGGAAAAACUAUGCUGGCUAAAGCCGUUGCUGCGCACACUACAGCUGCAUUUAUUCGCGUCGUGGGAUCGGAAUUUGUUCAGAAAUAUUUGGGCGAAGGGCCCAGAAUGGUGAGAGAUGUCUUUCGUUUAGCUAAGGAAAAUUCACCAGCUAUUAUUUUUGUUGAUGAGAUUGACGCGAUCGCGACAAAACGUUUUGAUGCACAAACUGGAGCUGAUCGAGAAGUUCAGCGUAUUCUUCUCGAAUUGCUGAAUCAAAUGGAUGGCUUCGAUCAAACCACAAACGUGAAAGUCAUCAUGGCUACAAACAGAGCCGAUACUUUGGACCCGGCAAUUUUUUCUACAAAUAAUAAGAAAGUUACCUCAUUAACGGUCAAAUCGGGUCAAUUACUGGUCAGAAUGGUCAAAACCAGAACGAGCUCCGAAAAAAUGACAGAUCACGUGAUGACAUUUGUAUCACGAUAUUUUUAUGAGUGUGAGAGAGAAAACGAAAUUUUUGUUGGUGCAGAUCAGUGA